AUGACUGGCGACAAGACGAUCGAAUUAACUCGAAGUGAUGACCAGUCGAUCACCGUCUCUUCGGGAACGGACACUUUCACAAUCGCCUUCUGCGAAGUCCCCAGAGUGAACGACAAUGCAGAACGUCGCUUUCAACGCGUUAGAAAGCCGCUCGUGGACAUCAACGAAACCAAAGAAGACUCUUCAGGACCCUUUUUUCCCUUCACAAUCUAUGGUCCUCCAACGGAGGGUAGUACCAAAGGUGUAAAGAAGAGUGGUAGCCACUUCCUUGUCAUCAAAGAUGACAAAGCAUUUGCAAUCCGCAUGGUUGGGAACUCCAAAGAGUCCGCCUUCAAGGUGAAAGUGAGAGUGGGUGGUGUCAAUGUUCUCCAGCACACCACACAUGGGGAAAAGAGUCAGGACUACUUUGUCAUCUCCGAGCAGAAAUGGGUAUGGGGGAAGCAAGUCAGCAAGGAUACUGCGCGUCAGUUCCGUGUUUUCCGUCGUGGAAGAGAAAGACUGUCUCUCCGAUACCAGCUUCUGAAUAACAACAUCAAGAAAGAAGUAGAGAUUGAAAUCACUUCCCGGCGUCCGCGUCAACCAACUACUUGUCAAUAUAUCGCUUCCUCUGCCCCAUACUCAGCUUCCAUGUGGAUGCCAGCACUGCAAACAACCUUUCAAGAACCUGCUUUCAACGAUACAGGUCCGUCAACCCCCUACGGCUAUGGCAUGCUACUACCGCCGCCGCCGCCGCUACUAACAACCUCUCACGAAAUUGCUUACGAUGACCUGGUUCCACCAACAAUAUUCGAACAGGCCAUACCACCACCGGUGAUACCAACCUACCAACCCCAAGCAUCUCAAACUGCACCCACGGAGCUCGUUACCCCUUUAUCCAGCGGCGACCGUCCAAGUAGCCCACCAUCACCGCCACAACAAAUCAGUCAAGCAACUUCUUUGGUUGACGCAGAUCAUAUCGACCACAUUUACUACGACUAUAUGGCACCAACACCGCCGCUACUAUCCGAGUUCCUAUCCCGACCCAGUCCUCCCCAAGCAUCCUACCCUAGCUCCCCGGAGCCCGUCCUCGGUUCACUGAGCUCACCACCAUCACCACCAUCACCACCAUCACUACCAGCACCACAGGCCCCUUAUCAGGCACCCACCCACGGAUAUAACGACUUUACCGGUUCCGCUGCCCCCUACUUCAGGUCCCUUCGAUCAUCUUACCCUAGCCCUCCGGAGCCCGUUCUUUGUUCAGUCCGUCCAUCACCACCACCAGAACAAGAAGGAGCACCAAAAACCCCCAGCGACCAAGAAAGCAUCCACUCCGACCCCGAAGAGGACAUGCUCCCGCACCAAAUGGUCGUCGGAACCGGCGGCCUGAUCGAGCAAAUCGUCCACACGGACAAGCACCCAGGCCCCGAAUGGAUCGACGAAUGCACCGUGACGCUCAAGUUCAAGAUUGUCGACCCGGACUACUUGAAGAAAGAGGCCGGCGUGAAGAAAGUGGGUAUUCUCGGUGGAAACUACCGAGAGGUGCCCAACCCACCUAACGGGACAUUUCGAGGACACGCGCCGGUUGUGACGGACCCGGAUGGAUUGAGGCGGGAUAUUAGGUCGCCUAUGGAGAUGGAGAUGGAGCUGAAUCGGAAUGCGGGUGGUAAGGAUAGGGAUAGGGAGCCGCCGGAGUCGCCCAAACGGGAGUCGCCGGUGGAUUCGGGGGUGGGCUUGGUGGGAGAGGUGGAGGGGGACGGAGAGGAUGGGGGUGAGCAGGGAGACCAGGAAAAUAUGAGAGAGUUCAAAAGGCUUAGAGGUGAGGCGAAGAGUCAACCUCGAGGGUUGAUGAAUGAUAUACGCAUGAAGAAGAAGAGGCAUCAGCAGCGUAAGCGAGGUGGGGUGAGGAUAAUGGCUGUGAAGCGGAAGGAACAUGAACCGAAAGGGGAGAGAAAAUCGAGAUGGCGGACAUUUGUCGAUGCUAUGAGGCGGGUUUUGACAUUGGGUCGGUAG